AUGGGUGGACCUUCACUUCAGGAGGACCAGCUCCUCGAACUUCUUCUGCAGUUGAAAAAAACAACGCCAGAACAAGCUAGAACAAUACUCAACAGUCAACCGCAGAUCGCAUAUGCCCUUAUGGCAGUUAUGGUUAACAUAAACGCCGUCAACAUGGACAUCGUCCAGAAGACGUUGGCAACGUAUGGCGCAUUUUCUGGAGCUGCAUCAACAUCUCAGACCGCACCACCUGCGCCACCAUCGAAUGUCCCGCCAGUGCCAGCAAUUCUUCCGCAUCUAGUGCCACAGCCUCCUCAUCGUGGCGGCACACCGACAUACCCUCCACACCCUCAGCCUUCUGCCUAUCCUACGCAGGGAUACCCAGCCCCACACCCCAGUCAACACAUGAACACUUACAGCGCUCCGCCUCCUGGCCCUCAACCGCAAAUUCCAGGCCUCGGGGCAUAUCCACAGCCGCUGCAGGCCCCGGCUGGUAUGCCUUCGCUGCCGCCUGCAUUGGCUAAUAUACCCGACGAGCAGAAGGCCCUCAUCAUGCGCGUGGUGACAAUGUCUCGAGACGAGAUCUUCCAACUCCCGUACGCUGAACGAGAGAAUAUUAUCAAGCUGAGGGCCACUCUUGGAUUGCCGACAUGA